UUUACGGUGGACGGAAUGUAACAUGACAGAUGUUUUCUUUUAGCUUGAAAUAAUCCCAUACUUUGGACACUUUCUUCUUCGUCUCUCGCUAUUUUCUCUCUUCCUCCACUUUGCAAACAGCGCCAUCUUAAUCACGUUGUGUUCACACAGCGUAAGUGUGAAGUGCGACAGUAAAAAAUAUCCGUGCGAAACAGCGUGCUAUAUAGUUAUAUGGAUUAAACGAAGCGUCGAUGCAAAUUCUUUAGCAUUUUAGUAAUCGGAUUAAUUGAUGAAUCGUUUCAGCCCUAUUGGUAAGCAUUGGUAAGAAUCCAUUUUGUGUCUUCUCAUACACACAUCACCCCACCGUAUGAGUCAUUCCAAUGGAGGUCCGUUCAUUUUCUACCCAAAGAAUAAUGGUGGCUCAUUUGAAUUGACUUCUGUGUGAAUUGUUGCCCUGUGUACGCGAUUCAACUCAAGAUCAGGGUGGAGCAGGUUUAACGUAGGUCCUUUUACAGUGACGGGCUAUUAGUUUGCCAGCAUGAGAAAUGUAGCAGCUAUCCGACAGUACUGUGGCUCGGUCUGAAUGCACAGACAGUUCUUUAGCCAUAGUUGUUGUGACCGUGGGAGGGAAGCAAGUUUCACACAACUCUUUUUAAAGUUCCUUCCCGACUCUUAAAAGCACAGCCCUUUUCUUCCCAGCUUUCUCAGCCUGCUGAUCCUAAUCUGGCAGACUGACUCUGAUUGAUUGGAUUUGGAUUUUGUCUUCUGCUGAGGGUGACAUUUAGCAUACACCACCGCACUCACGUCAUUUUUCGAUGGUGAGCAGAGAGGGAAAAGAGUCCUGCUAUGUAGGCUGGUUUUAGAGAGUACAGUGUAUGUGUCUACACUUUUUUGACACAAACAGGACUGAGCAAGUGUCUCUACCCGUCAGUCUACCUGUCCUGUUUGGGCUGUAUGGAUCACCAGCUGUCCCGGUGCAUUACCUCUUUUGAUGUCACACAAGGCAGGCGUUCGUUAUGAAGCUGCAGUACGUCUUUGCUGACUGAGCCACUCUGCCCUGCUCCCUCUUACACUAGAAUAUUUGUGCCACCAACAGGCGCUCUCUGUUUGCAGUAUUGCCUUGCAGGUUACAUAACCAUUCACUUAUAAUGUCCCUGGAGUGUGUGUGUGUGUGUGUGUGUGUGUGUGUGUGCGCGCAUACAACUGUGGCAGUGUGAAUGUACACACAGUAGAACAAACAUUCAACUCCUUUGUUUACCCUGCAUGUAAUGCUGUAGGGCAUGUGUUUUAAAAGUUGGAGGCGGGGCUCCCCUGGGGAGCAGCAAACAGUUUCAGGAGAGGCUCAGAAUUGAGGCUCUAAAUUGUGUUGGACUCCAGUAUUGGGCUAUUUUAAAGUAGCUGCUGCAUGAUCCCAUAGACAUGCAGGAAUUGAUCUAAGCUAAAGGCGGGCACAUUUUUCUAAGCUUUGUCGAAGGACAGGCCCUAAGGCUGACACACAAAAACCCUGCUGUAAGGGACUGACUUCACAGCCAUGCAGUUGGCUACUCCUCACAGGAAAUAAGGGGCUGCUGUUUGUCUUAAUCCAGGGGUUUACAGUUGCGCACAAACCAUCGUGAGGCCACUUGACAGACACACAACUGGGGAAAAAUUGGGAGGAAGAGAGUAAGUGUAUUUAAAAUUGAGAUGGGAUAGAGCGCAAACACUCAACCCUGUUCAGUCACUGUGAGCAGGUAACUGUCAGGCUGUCUUUGUACCUGCCUCCAAGAAGUUUUAACGUCAACCAGCUCCUGUCGAUUAGACAUUAAGCAGCCGGUUAGAUAACUGGAAUUCCAUUGUGCUGACUCUCUGUGCUGCCUACUGCUGUGUGCUUCCUCAAUGAGCUUUUUCUCUCGUUUGUUUUUAUUCAAACUUUUGCCAGUCACAAGCCAACUCCCAGCAGGAUGGUUUUCUUAAAGAAGAACAUUUUGUUUUCAAGUUCAGGUUUUUCCCAUUUUUAAGUCGGCCAUGAUGUGUGCCACAUUCAUUUUCAUCUGUGUCCAUCAAACAACACACAGUAUUCAAGGGUGUUAAAGCUCAUAUUGUUUGUCCCACUAUUUCACAUUAAGUCUGAAGUGUUUUAGAGCUUUUCCAUUCUUUAAGACUAUUGUUCAUAAAUAUUACCAUCUUUAUUUAGGCUUUAUUUACCUGAUCUGAAUCUUCCCACAGUAAUAACCACACCUGUGGACAUUUUGGGUGCUGCUGAUACCUGCACUCUUUACAUCUAUAGCAUGUACUUUGUCUUUUGUCCAUCACUCUUUUCACAGGUGCUGUGUCUAACUCCAUUUUUACUAAUCAUCUUAGCGCAUAUAAUUCCUGUCUGUCAUUUUUCACGUUUCCAUGUUCUCACCAUUGUCAUCAUCAUUCUCUCCAUGCUGGACUCCUCCCACCCUCGCUCCUUCUCCUCUGUCCUGUUCAGCCUCAAGAAAACCCCUUGACUUGGAUAAAGACACCCGUUACAAAUCCUCUUCCCUAGGCCGAUAUGAUGCUUAUGCUCCAGUAAGGGAUUUCUCCCCAGAUUAUAGCUCAACAGAACCCAAAAGGAGCAGAUACCCAAGGCAGGACCCAGCAGCACCCCAUAGCCGCUCCAGAUUCCCUGAGCACUACCUAGUGGCAGAAGGAGGGCGAAGCAGGCAUGCAGAUCCAAACCCAGAGCACCUGCUGCCGCCCAGAGGCAAGCAUGGGGACAGGUAUCCAGACUAUGAGCCCACAGAGACUGGCAGAGCCAGGGGCCCAGGGCGGGAGGACACAGAGACAGGGGUGAGGAGAAAAGAGAGACCAACCAGACCAACUCUACCACAGAUCCUCAUAGAUAGAGACAAGGUCUGGGACAAAGAAAGGGACAGGCAACGUGACAGAGACCUGGAAAGAGAGAGACCCAUGGGAAAAGACCAGAGGAGAGAGCAGGACCUCAGGUUGGAAAGAACCAGAGAUAGAGGACAGAGCGGGGAUAGACACAAAGAGAGAGACAGGCAGAGACAGAAAGACAGACAGCGAGCGAGAGCGAGCAGCGCGGAGAGAGCGCUUGAAGAGGAGCCGGGGCACAGCUGGGACAGGCAAAGGGAAGGCAGGGCUUCUUGGGAGGACGAAGGGGAUGAUGGUGAGACAGAGAGGAAGGCCAGGGGCCGGCAGCGUGUCCACUCCAACCCCGAAGAGGUGUUUGAUGACCUCAGGAGCGAAGGGAGAGGGGACUUCCGGGACCUCCGAAAAGCGGAGGGUCCUGGCAGGGAAAGCAUUCACACUCACCCCAACGGAGAGACAGGUCGUAUUGUGCACCGAGGGAGUGGAGCAGUCGUAGCAGAAAAUAGUGUAGAGUUUGGACUGAGCGCGGCCACUAAAGGACUGACAAAGCUUGAUCUCCGCGAGCAGGAGCUGAAGGACAUGGAGGUGGCAAGGAAACUCCAAGAGGAGGAAAUCAAAGUGAGGAAGGACCCCAGAGAAGCAAGCAAGAUGCAUGUGCGUGCAGCCCAAGUGGCGCAGGACGAGGAAAUCGCUCGACUGAUAAUGGAACAAGAGAAAAAGGAGUACAGGAAGAAGCGAGAGCGCGAGAAUGAGAGAGAGCGGGAGAAAGAGAAGGAACGAGAGAGGGAGCGGAUGGCAAUAGAAAGGAGGCGGCUAGAGGGAGACCACAGGCCAAAUUCGGAGGAAGUUGUCCGGCCCAGAACACGAGAUGAGUAUGAACACCAGAGGCAGAGGAACAACAACAAGCCUGCCAGGCCCCCUCAGCCUCGUGUACAUGACUAUGAGAAUGUGAGCUCUGGCUAUGGCUACUUUGACAACCCCGCUCCCCCUCGUCCUUCCACCAGACCUGAAGCUGCUUACAAAGGUGCCUAUAACAAGCGGUGACUCAGGCUCUCUACCAUGUCCAGACAUGCUGUCAGUCCUCCUUCGUCCUCUUCUUUUAUUUAUCUUUUUGUUUUCAACCAUUCGCACUCUGUUGACCAAAAGCCUUGGGACAAUAUGAUGAGUUGGCAGUGGGAUUUUAUUUUAUUUUUUAAUUACCCUCCAAAGUUGGCCCAGAGUUAGGAAAAUGGGUCUGUAAGUGCUGGAACUACACUCAUGUUUUCCUUUUUUUAAUUGUACAUUGUGAUUAAUAUUAUUUCUUUUAACUGACUCAAAAUCAAGACAAGCCAAAAUAUCAGCCUUGUGACAAACUCCCCGUCUCCUCACCUGCUGUGGUCAUCAUGUGCUGAUGUUCGUCCCAUCUGUGGACCAUGCUAUCACAAGGGCUCAAGGCCUCUGCUGGAUAUAACUGCGCACAUUUCCUCAUGACUCUUGCCUGUCGGGUCCAACAUGACUGCUACAGUGUCUUAGAUACCAACAUGGCAGCUGCUUUGUACACCAAUGCUGCAGUUCUGUUCUCUUUCCAUGCUGUGCAACGAGGCUUCACAGGCCCUGUCCAUGUGCCACACAGCGAACGACUCUGGAGGGACGCGUUCCUGUUGCUGUAUUCAAACAAAAAAUAAGCCUUUAUCAAGAUGCUGGUAGUUUUGGCUUUUGAUAUGUUUACCACCUUGUUCCAGUGCAGAGGAUGGUGAUGAUUCAUGGACAUUUAGUUGGCUGUAGGCUGUGUGUUUUGUGUUUUUCUGCUUGUGAGGGACACUUUUUAACCCCGUCCUUCUUAAACUGAAAGUGGAUGGAUGGUUCUCUGUAAGACUCACUGUUUCUAUGUGCAUGCUUACUGAAAGUGAACAACUAUGUACAUGCAUUUCAGCUCUGUAUCCAAUAUUCUGGCUCCUUUAUUGUCAGAAAGGGCUAAAGCCACAAAAAGCCAAUAAUGUUCCAAUAGUGUUCACUCAUAUACCACUGUACAAUAUCCCUUUUCUGCCACCAUUUCAUAUCUGCAGGUCAUUUACAAACUAAAACUGGCCCAUAUAAGAACCAGUACCAAAAUGGAAUGCAUGUACAUUGCUUGUCUAUGUGUCAAACCUGAAGUCAUGCUUCAUGCUUACGGCACAGAUGUUGUGCGAUUGAAUAUUUGUUCUUCUUUAAUUUAAAUGUACUUGUGCUACCAAAUCAUUGUGGAAAAUACAAGAUUCUUCAGUCCUGUUAUCCCUUGUCCCACUAGUUAGAAAGGGAGCCUUAUAUUUUAUUUUUAUACAAUAUUUUGUUGGUCUUUCCUUAGAUUGUUCCCUCGAUUUCCAGUCUCCCAAGCUUUCCUGUCGUCACUUCCAGUCCUUUUUUGUUUCAAAAUUUGAGACAGAAAUCACUUCCUGUCUGCAGGAAAAAGCAAACAUUCCCCCAACAGAAGUGCAUCUGGAUAGAGGCAAAUCAGUAACAGGAUCAGCUGGAGAAAUUGACAUAAAAUAUAUUAUCACUGCACAAAGAGACCAUUCAUUUUCUGUUCAUAUUGAAUAAGGAUGACAAGGAAAGUGAAAAAGCACAUUCAAGGUUUUGAGUUUACUGAAAUGUUUGAUGGCCAUGAAGUGAUUCAAUCUUUGAACGUUUAGCGCUGCUUUCAGGUUCGUGUUGUAAUAAAUGUUUGAUGCUGAAAUUAUAAAUAGGCUUCCAAAAUGAUUCCCUCCUUGUUCAGAGGAAGUGCAAGGUCUUUGUAUUGCUGAGCACACAUAUGCAGGUGUUAUUCAAUUAUGUGCUAAUUGCUGUUGACUGAGUGAAAUUUGUGCUAUGUUUGUAAUUUUUUUUUCCAGGGACUUGGAAUGGAAAAAGGUUAAAGUUGUUGUGGUUGUAGCAGAGCUACCACACCCACCAACCAAGGUGGUAUUAUUUUGUGAGAGCACCCCCUUCUGGACAUGUUGACAAUUGAAAAAAAUGUACAAAAUGAAUCCGAUCAGGAUGCCUCUUUGUAUUUGUGGAUGUUGCCAUCAGACAUUACUUUGGAAUCAAGUGCUGUCUACAUCAAAACAUGAAGUGUUACAUUUGUUUUCAUUUUGUUUUAUCCAGGGCUUGUAUGCAAUCUUACCAAUCAUGAAGCAACAUGUGUUGGCACUUGUAACAGAACCUUUAAGUAAAAUUAAAUAACAUGUUGCUUGUACCUAUAGCAUCUCAAAAUGUAAUAAACUAUCAGCAUUUCCACUCUUAA